AAAUUAGUUUCCAUUUAAAUCUCCGUCCGAGUGGAUCGUGCGUGGUCCCGCGACCACGUGUACCGUUUGCGUUGUCGUGCGUUUCGAAUGAAAAGUGGUUACGAUCACGUAGUAGAAACGGUUUGAAAAGUGGACGAGAGAGAAAAUAAGAAGGACGGGGAAACCUAGUUUGGUAGACUGGUUCGAUAGCGAGUGAUAAGCAAGUGGAAUUUACUGAGUGUUAAAAAGCUUCAAAAACAUGUUCAUUUCACAAAAGAAGGGAAACGAAAUUAUGUGAAUAUGUGUGUGUGCAAUAUAAAAAAUAAUUAGCAGUUUGAAAAGUGAGUUGCAGAUUGCUCAAAGUUAUGUCCUCGCUGUAACAGUGCUCUGAUUGAAAAAGACUCCCGGCGGCAGCAGUUUAGCAUCCUUUUCCAUCAGCGAGACGUCAGCAGGGCAUCGUCAUCCACGGGCAAUUGACACACCGAAUGGACAAAAUUGCAACGUGUGGUGCGUGUGUGCGUGUGUGUGUUUUUGUGCAGUGAUUGUGUGCGCCUAGAACGCCGUUUGAAGUGUGACCAAUGAGCCGUACCGGCUAGUGAAGUACUACUAUUCAUCCGUGCGUUGUGUGCGUGUGUGUGUUUGAGCUAAACGUCAAACAAACGCGUCAUCAUCGGUUAAUAAAAUCGUGCGGCUGGAACUGGUGCGCGACGAUCGAGGGUAAUCUUACUACGCAACGAUUACUACUGCUGCUGCUGCUGCUACUACUACUACCACCCUUGCUACUACUGCAACUACUUCGCUGCUGCUUCUACUGACACCGACACCGCCUGCUACUAGCAACCACUGAUCUUGCCUCGAGGUGUUGUUUGCCCCUCCCCCCCUAACCACACCGGUGCAUGUAAGUGUGCCCGUCCGUGAACUUUGUGCAUUAUUUCGACGGUGAUCGUGAGCGUGCGUGUGUGUGUGUGUGUUUCUGUCGAUUCUUAAUGUGAAAAUCGUAUGAAAUGGUGACACUAAUGCCUUGUAGCUAUAUAUCUGCCCCCCGGAUCUCCAUCAUUGAUAAAAUGAUAGAGAUAGAACCAAAGGGAAAACGAUCGCGCACCGAAGGACCAGACACGACGGACCGUUCCCGUAUCUACAGUAAUCUGUCGGAGUCACCACUAGGACCGGGAACGACAGUGCCAACGCUGGACAGUAUCGGUAGCGGGUCGGCCUUAGCCUUGGGCACACCGUUCCACUAUCCGGCCGGUGCGUUGUCAGCGCACAGUCAUCACGCCACUGGCGGUGUCAGUAGUGAUCACAACGUGUUCAAUCAUACUGCACUCGGUGCCACCACGGCAACGACGGCCAUCGGAAGUAGUUCGAUAGCUUCCAGUUCCUAUCGGCUGGGUGGCAAUACCUCCGGCGGUUCGAUCGCGCUGCACAACGGGCUCAACUUAAGCUACGGACCAUUGCCGAACGGUAGUGGCUCAGGAAUUGGCAGUAGUAGUGGUGGUGGUGGUGGUGGUGGUGGUACUCUCCUGACAAGUCCUGGAUCGCUCGCAAGCCGUCUGAACAAUAGCGCCGGCAGUAGCAGCAGCAGUAGCGCAAGCAGUGGUGGUGGCAGUAGCGCAUCGACCACCGUCACCUCGGGGACUGGUUCCGGUGGAAGUUCGGCGGGAUCCAGCACGGCGGGAGGGCUGGUGGAUGGAUUGUCCACGCUGGCAACUGGUGGAACUGGCAGCAGCGGCAGCACUGUAGGUCUGCUAACGACCGGAGGAUCCGCCGAGCUGGGAAUGUCGCACUGGCUUAGCGACGGUACGGUCAAGUCGGAACUGCGCAGCCCCGGACUGGACGCGAAUCUGGCGGCGACGGCAACCAACCUACCGCUCGGGUCCACCACCACCGCCCACCUCGACGGAACCGGUCUGUUCUGUGCCAAUCCCGGCACUACCGCUGCCACGCUGGACGCGCUCCAGAGCCAGUCGGCUGCGGCCUCGAAUGUGUACGACCACAAGUCGGACUACUACAACUACUACAACAGCAUGCAGCAGUACACGCCGGCAUUCUACUCGUCCGCGUACGGUGCGACGGCGUACGGUGCGCGGACGGCCUCCACCAAGAUCCCGUCCCCGAACACCUAUCUGGCGUCGCCGUACGCCGCGGCCGCCGCCGCCAGCAACAACAAUUCCGCCCAGCUCUACUCCUCCUACGGGUACAACUCGUCGUUUGGUCAGUUCGGGGCGGGCCAGCAGGAUGGGUACAGCUACUACAACGAUCAGUACAGUCCGUACUAUGCCAACACCGCCAGCUAUUCGCCCUACGUCAGUUCGCCUGGCUCGAGCGGUAGCCAGGCUGGGUUCCAUGUGGCGGCUGGGCUUUCGGCGGACAGUCCGUCCGAAGCGCAUGCCACUACACCGAACAUGCUGGCCCACUCGCACUCGCCACAGUCACCGAUCUCGAUCUCACCUACGGCCGGCAUUGGAGCGGUCCCGGGUGUGGGAGGAUCGGUCAGCAGCAAGACAACGCCGACCGGGAAAUCGGGACGCGCCCGUGGAAGGCGGCACGCACAUCCAAGUCCGACGCGCAGCUCGACCAGUGAGCCGGGCAUUAGUGAGAAGGCUCCGGAGCGGAUCUUCGUGUGGGAUCUCGACGAGACGAUCAUCAUCUUCCACUCGCUGCUAACUGGGUCUUAUGCUGGGCGAUACAAUAAGAACCGCGACCACCAGGUGCAGCUGGGCUACCGGAUGGAGGAGCUGAUCUUCAACAUGGCCGACGCGUACUUCUUCUUCAACGAUCUGGAAGAGUGCGAUCAGAUACAUAUCGACGAUGUGGCGUCCGACGACAAUGGGCAGGAUCUCAACAACUACAACUUUGCCGCCGACGGGUUCCACAAUGCCACACCGCAAGCAGGAGCUCCACCCAAUGUUUGUCUUCCGAAUGGUGUGCGCGGUGGCGUCGACUGGAUGCGAAAGCUCGCGUUUCGCUAUCGGAAAAUCAAGGACACGUACAACACCUACCGGAACAAUGUUGGUGGUUUGCUAGGACCGCAGAAACGUGACCACUGGUUGCAGGUGCGUUCCGAAAUUGAGCUGGAGACGGACAGCUGGCACAGUCUAACGCUGAAGUGCUUAAACAUGAUCGCCCAGCGCGAAAACUGCGUCAACGUGCUCGUGACUACGACGCAGCUUGUGCCGGCCCUCGCCAAGAUACUUCUGUACGGGUUGGGCCAAGUGUUCCCGGUGGAGAACGUGUACAGUGCGAACAAAAUUGGUAAGGAACAAUGCUUCGAGCGCAUCGUUACCCGGUUCGGACGCAAGAGCACGUACGUGGUGGUUGGCGAUGGGCAGGAUGAGGAGAAUGCGGCCAAAAAUCUCAACUUUCCGUUCUGGCGGAUAUCGAGCCACAGUGACAUCCGAUCGUUGCAUACCGCGCUCGAGAUGGGUUUCUUAUGAAAGCCUUACCGUACUGCCACGUGCUCUCCGUGUGCGAACGGGACGAUGCCGAUGGGUGGCCGAAAGUCAUCGCUUCUCCACGUUUGGCCGGUGGCCAAACACCAAAACCAAAAGACAAGGCUUCUCUGGCGUCUCCAGCACUUAUCGCUCAACCGGAAAACCUACGGAGUCACGUGUCUGCAACGAUUGUGCGCCGUCGUGACGUUGGUAGGCAGCCAGUAUUUAUUAUUGUUUAUAGUGUAGCUUAUUAGGGUAUAAAUUAUUUCGUAAAGCUCCAAACACAUGGGUGUGUGAGUGUGUGUGUACUCGCUUUCGAAUGCAGCAGAGUAGAGAAGAGUCUAGAACUGCUCAAAACGAUAGGAAAACGGACCCAGGUCGUGCAAGUCAGACCAUGCCAAACAGCACUAAUGUGGUGAACGUAGAGAAAAGUCCUGUAAAUCAAACAUCUUCUAGCUGCUGUACGAGAGCACGAGUGUAUAGAAACGUCAAGCGCAUAAACGGAUUUUAUAUACGGAUAUAAACACGAUAUAUACAUAUACUAAGGUGGGCCACAAUGGGGCGGCCAGAAAGCCCAAUAUCCCAGUGCAAAUAUCUCUUUCUUUCCGCCUAACAAUUGUCUAUAUACAGUAUGUAAAAUUACAGUCGAAUAAUGGAAAAACUAUAUGAAGAGAGAGAGAGAGAGAGAGAGAGAGAGAGAGAGAGAGAGAGAGAGCUGUGUGAAAACGGAUGUAGAAAGUGAGGCAAAAUGGCCGCUAGUAAUUGCGUACAUUAUCCCUUUCUUUUCAUUAGAUAGAACCGCAAGAUAUGUUUAGAGUAGAAAGUUGCGCGUGCGUGCGUAAGGAUACUAUAUCAUCAGCUAGUAGCCCAGACGGACCUCCGGUUGAAGUUUUUCCCGCGUUUCUGUGUAUCAUCAAAACCCGUUUGAUAGGUCGCUGUAAAUAUCUUAUCCAAAACGGUCCCGUAUUAUCCGGAAGUGUUGGGAUCGUUCCAUCUGUAGGUGUAAUUUGUUGUAGCUGUGACAUUAAGAGAAAAGCGAUGGUAAAAUGGGUGGGUUGAUCGGAUAGCAAAAUACACACAACAACAACAAAAAUUACUAUACAACCCUCCAAGAACGGUACGACGGCAUGGUGUACAUAUUUGUGCGAUGGUUUACUCAAAUCAAAAUAUUAUCCUAUAGUCAAUAAAGUUUAUCGCAGAAAUCGCAGCCACUGUCACGCGAUCAUUGGAUCAAUCUUGUAAGUGUUUGGCACAUGCACAUGGUUUUCGUUGGCAGUUACGGGACGGUGUGUCCCAAACUGCGUGCCAAGCAGAUGGUCUGUAAAACGAAUAAAGUGAAAAACAAAGUACAUCAGCA